AUCAACCACACCCUCACCGACACCCCGGACGCCACCUACUACUUCUGGGAAGCUUCGGUGCCAAACAACUUCUACGGGAUCAUGAAGGACAACUACUUGUAUCUGGUGACGAAGCAUCAAAGAACAUUUACCCAAGGGAAGGAACUGUGCGCCAAGAUACCUGGGCACCGCCUCGCCACCAUCAAGACUGCUCGCCAGUUUGAAACAGUCACCGCCAUGUUGAAAGUUAACAAUUCGGCCGUGUGGGUGGAUUUGGUGAGGCCGGGGGCACCUGGAACACCUUUGGAGUGGGGAGAUGGCACUCUGUACAUGGAAGGCACCGUGACACAGCUGGCAACCGUCGCAACACACAGAUCAGUAGCCUCGCCUUACUAUCUCCAGUCGUCAUUCUUCGAUGAUAAAAGUUAUACUGUCAUAUUCAACAUCCUGUGUCAGGCUAAUCCACUCGGUCUAGACUGGUAGUGAGUAAGUCUGUCUAAGUCUGGAGUAAUGGCAGGAUGUGUGCCAGUCUGGAAUGGUGGUAGUAUGUGUGUCAAGACUGGGGUGGUGGUAGGAUGUGUGUCAGUCUGAAGUAGUAACAGUUUGGAGUGGCAACAGUCUGGAGUAGUAACAGUGUGGAGUGGCAACAGUCUGGAGUAGUAACAGUGUGGAGUGGCAACAGUCUGAAGUAGUAACAGUGUGGAGUGGCAACAUCUGGACUGGUAGUUACAUUAAGCCUGAGUGUUUGAGAGUGAAACAUUCAACUCUGGUAAUAUUGUCUUGUGUGUUAAUGUAAAUUAUUAUAAUAUUAACAUUGUUGUCUUUAUUUAGGCAUUGUUAACAUGUAAAUGAAGGUAUAUGUAUUACUCUUUACUAAAUAGAUUGUAAAUGGAGGUAUAUUUAUCACUGUUAACAGGAAUAUUCUCAUAACAGUAAUAACCAGGUAAAAUUAACAGAAGCCAUUCAUGUUAUAUUCCUGUUAACAGAAGGUGUUAAUACCUGAGUUAGGUCAACAGUAUAGCUACAGCAACACGAGGCUCAUUCUAACACAUUAACUUACUGAAUCGAAAGUUAAUGAUCUUAAGAUGACUUUAGGAUUAUCUGUAAAGUUUUUGUGUCUCUUCAGCCAGUGAUGGAAGUUACCUGUUGAAGAUAACUUAAUUAUUGUUUUACCUUGUUUGUGCUGAUGUUUGUUGUUUGUUUAUGAUGACACGGUGGAUGGUAAGUUGUUUGGCUUGUUUCUGUUUACUUUCAUCCGCCCGUCUCCCACUCUGAUGGUGAAUACUGUGUUUGUUGCUUAAAUAAGGUGUUGGUUGUUUACAAAAUAUAUAAUGUGUGUGAUUUACUUAUACAGUCUACCUUGCUGUUCUGUGUAUUAUAUGGUCUAUAAUCUAUAAAAUCUAGAUAAUUAGACAUAUUUACUUUGCAUAUAUAAGUGUGUCUGUGUUGUAAAGUCAUCCAAAAAAGUCCUGUAGCGAGCCAUGAACCCCGAGAUUCAGA